AGCCAUCAGCUGUUCAACUGUCAAAAAUGUUACACUUCAAUAUUGACAUAUAUAUGAAAGAUAAGUUAGAUUUUUUAUUCCUUACGAGGUUAAAUUUGCUACAAGAUAUUUGAAAUACAAUUUGCGGAGGCAAAGAGAUAUUAGUACAAUGGACCAUAAUUAUCUGUUUAUUAUAAUUGAUGACGCAGCGCACCAAAAUGAUUCGCAAAAAGAGUUGAAGAAGAAUAAUAUUAAAGGCGAUAUGAAAGUUUCAAAUAUUCGUGGUCCAAUAAACUUGUUAUAUCAUAAUAAUUUAAUGUUAUAUUGUUAUAUAGCACAAUUAGUAUUUUUAUUUAGUUAAAAGUUACAUGGUGUAGUGUUAAAUUUUCAAAACAAAAUGGAACAUGCGACUAUAGGGUGGAAGCGUUAUACACUGGUACAACCAUCUCUGAUGAUUCUAAUAUUUGCUCAAGCAAUAUCUAGUAAUAUUUUAACAGAUUUAAUAGUAUAUCGUACUUGUAGUACAAUAUUAAAUAUAAAUAAAACAGAAUGUUUGCUAUUGCAUGAAAAUAGCAGUUCUGCAGAAACAUUGAAAAUAGAUGCACAAAUUCAGCCCAAAGCAAGCUUAAUUUUAAUGACAAAAUCAAUUAUUGAAAGUAUUAUACCUGCUUUGUUGUCUUUAUUUUUGGGACCAUGGAGUGACAUAAAUGGAAGGAAGUCUAUCAUAUUGUCUGGAUAUAUUGGUGUAUCACUGACAUACUUUAUUCUUUCCUUCAUGACUGUUUGGGAAAUAAAUCCAUGGUAUUUGUUAAUUGCAUAUAUUCCAUAUGCAUGUUGUGGAGGAUUCUGCAUAAUUUUACUAGGUACUAUUUGUUACAUUUCUGAUAUAUCAGAUGAUCAAGAAAGAGGGUGGCAAUUAGCUUGGAUGGAAGUUUUGAUAUCUGUUGGUAUUUUAAUUGGUAUAUUAGCUGGCCCUGUUAUUUUUCAAUCAUAUGGAUAUACAAUUGUAUUUGCUAUUGCUACUAUAUGUUGCAUUUUAGCAGGAUUGCUUAUUUGCUUUCUAGUUCCUGCAACUACAUACAACACAAAUUCAAUGACUGUAAAAAGUUUAUUUGAUAUACAUUUGGUUAGAAAACUUAUUAAUACUUGUACAAGCAAACGAGAAGGUUUUAAUCGAUAUAUAGUUUGGUGCUAUAUAAUUUCUAUUAUUUUAAUGAUUAUUCCCUUACAAGGGGAAAUAACUGUUGGCUUUUUAUUUGUAAGUGCUAGACUUGGUUGGGAUGUAAAUAAAUAUUCUAUUUAUACAGCUGCAAAUAUAAUACUUUCAAUUCUUGGACUGGUAUUUGGAGUAAAAGUCUUGAAAAUGUAUGGAGGAUUUUCUGAAGAAGUAUUAGCUAUAUUAUCAUUAUUAUCCUCUGUGAGUAGUUGUUUAGUACAAAGUUUUACAUUGAAAACUUGGCAUAUGUAUUUAUCUGCAGUUAUUGGUAUGUUUGGUGGUGUUGCUACUCCUAUGAUUCGUGCUAUACUAUCCAAAUUAGUACCUCCAGCAGAUACUGGUAAAAUAUUUUCCUUAAUCAUAUGUAUUGAAACAUUGACCCCACUUGUGGCAUCUUCUUUAUAUAGUAUCAUUUAUUUACAUUUUAUGCCACCUAUAUAUCCAUUACCAGUUUGGUUACUUUCUGUAGGAAUUUAUAUUGUUGCAAUACUUGUUUUAAUACACAUACAAAUUCAAAAUGCAAAACCUAACUCUGUAAGAUACACAUCAUUGACACAAAAUGGUGAAUUACCAUCAUAAACUUUGAUAGAUGUUUAUUUUAAAGACA